CAUUCCCAUCAGUAACAACCGGACAUGGCCAAAAAAUCAAACUGAAGUCUUUCAUCUCUACUCCAUAAUUCACAAGUUGACUCUUCACAACAAACCCAUCAACAGAAACAGGGCUUGAACGAACCAAACUAACUUUUACCAUCCUCUUCAAGAGAGGAAUCCAAACUCCCCUCUCCUUCAAGCCCCGCCUUUUCCUCUUUCACCGUCACUAUAUAACCAGACCCACAAUCUAUUGGCUCCUUAAAGACUUGGAUUAAAACUAUCUAUCAUUGGUUUUGACUCAAAACAAGAGCCUUUAUCAGUCAUCUUCCUGUAACCCCGAAAUAAUCAAUACUAUCAAAAACUGAUCUUUGCUUGCUCAAUCUUCAAAAAAUUACUUUAUGGAGCAAAAUCGAGAAAAGAAUCAACGAAAGAUAAAUCAAAGAGCUCGGCAUCUACAAUUGGGUCUUGAAGGUUUUUGGAUUUUGGAAGCUUAUUGUGUUUUUCUUCGUCAACAAUGGUGGGCUGAGGUACAAACCCAUACCCCACAAUCUCUGGGAAAAUAAAAUACAAAGCAUUGUAGGGUGAAAUUCAUAUUGCAGAAGGGGAAAUGAAAUCUCAUAGCUACAAAAGAGAGAUUAAAAUGAUAGAAAUCAAAUUUAUAUCAGCGACCGCUAAUUAAUAUUGCCAAAAAUAGCAGAGCUGACAUGGCAAGAGAGUAAGCCACGUUAAUGUUCCAACUCAGCUUCUCUGCUGAAAAUCCCAAAUAGCCGCUCUAUUCAGUUCCAAAAAUGACCAAGAAAAUCUACCGUACGAAGAAGCUCUUCCGGUUCUCUUACCAGCUUCAAGUUCAAAAUUUCAAGAAAAGCUCUUAGCUACUUAACAGAGAGAAGAACAGGAAAAGAAUAAUGAGGUAUUACCAUGGAUCCAGGUGGAGAAGGGUACUAUCUAUGCACUGUUUCCUUGUCGCGAUUGCUGUUUUCUCUGGUGUUGGCUUAUUAGUGCUUACGCUGAGACCCAUUGAUCCAAAUCCUAACAACUCCUAUUAUCGGCUCCCGAAAUUAAACAAAUAUGAUGAUCGAGGAGGAGGAGGUGGUCGAGAUUCAAGCUCUGACUCUCUCAAUGGUGUCGUUUUAGAUGAAACGGAGGUUCAUAGGGAGAGAAAUGGAGGUUCAAAAUCCUGCGCUACGGUUGAUGAAAUGGGCGAGAGUUUCAAGGGAAGCGUCUGGAAGGAGAGUCUACGAGUUAGAAGAAUCAUCCAGGAGCACUUCGCUGUUAACGGUGCUUCGAUAAUCAGACAUCUUCCUCCAGAACAAUUUUGCAAGCAUGGUUUUGUCUUAGGGAAGGCAUCAGAAGCAGGUUUUGGCAAUGAAAUGUACAAGAUCUUAAAUGCUGCAGCAUUAAGCAUAAUGUUGAACCGGUCCCUGAUCAUUCGGCAGACCAGGGGUAAGUAUCCUUUUGGUGAUUUUAUUUCUUACUCCAAUCAUUCUUUCACCUUGAAUGAAGUCAAGCAUCUGUGGAGAAAAAAUGGCUGUGUAAAAAACUAUGGAAGGCAUCUGGUUAUGAGGAUUGAUGAUUUUGAGAAGCCAGCAAAAACAAAUGUCCUCUGUAGCAACUGGAGGAAAUGGGAACAACCUAUCAUAUGGCUUCAAAAUACAACAGAUGCUGUGGCCAGUCAAUUUUUCUUGAAGAAUGUAUACCCUGAAAUGAGAGUAUCUGCUUCUAAUUUAUUUGGAGAACCAGAACAACUACAAUCACGGCCUAAUGUUUUUGGGGAGCUCAUGAGAGUUCUUAUCUCCCCUUCAGAAGAUGUUAUAGAAGCAGUCAAUUGGGUUCUCGGUGGUGGGGCAGAUCCUGACAUUUCAUUGCACAUGCGGAUGCUUAUGAACAGGUCUGUGAGAGCUACACAGGCAGCAUUGAACUGCAUCCAAAAAGCCUUGCAUAAUUUACACCAAAUAUCAAGACCUAAGGUGGUUUUAGUAUCAGAUACCCCAGCUUUUGUGAAGAGUUUCCUUCCACAACUAAGUGAAUUUGCAGAGGUUAUUUAUUUUGAUUAUAAACAUUUCGAAGGAAAUGUCUCUCGAAAUGUUAAUGCAUCACACAACUUAGAUUUUAGAGUGAAGGAUUGGGGACCUGCACCAAGAUGGGUUGCAUUUGUAGAUUUCUUUCUUGCAUCACGUGCAAAAAACACAGUUAUUUCUGGUGCUCACAGACGUGUCGGAACUACCUAUGCACAAUUAACAGCAGCACUGGCUGCAGCAAACCACCUAGGGGAAAACUCCACUGAUUCAAAUUUUUCAUUCUUAAGCAGUUUCCAAAGUAACUUGUUAAGGGAUGGUUUAAAGUUGCAGAUCGGUUGGGGGCAUGUUUGGAAUAGAUUUGCUGGCCCUUUGAGCUGCCAGAAUCAGUCCAAUCAGUGUGCUUUCACACCGCUUCUCCCUCCAGCUUGGUGGGAUGGUCUUUGGCAAUCCCCAAUUCCUCGGGAUGUCCGCAGGCUAAUGCAAUUCGGCAUCAAACUCUCUGGUUUUGGCACAGUUGAUGAGGAUCAUCUUCGAUCUUUCUGUAGUUCAAAGAAAACUACAAUGAAGACGGUGUUGAUUAUAUAAAACAGCAAAAGAAAUAGGUUUCCGGAGAAAAAAUCAAGAUGGUCUACUGUCCCAUGACCGGACGUUAAGGUGAGAAUACGGGGGAUUAUUAGCAUUUCGAGAUGUUUGAUGUGUUCAUUAUAUUGAGAAGAGAGUGAAGAAAGAGAAUCAAGUAACAUUAAUAUGAAAAGUAAAUCAAAGAUAUUUAAUUUUCUUUCUAAAAUAUUUGUCCUCAAUAAAGAUUUUUUUUUUCUCUUUUA